CCCACGCUAUAUAUAUGUGCGUGCAUGUAUGUAAUGUUCUCGUUGAAUGCCGCAGAGCAAAAACAAACAGAAAAUGGCGAUCAAGAACCAUGUUAGAUCGAUCAGUUUCCCUUCGAGGUCGCAUCCGAGCACUCUUGCGAUAGAAGAAGGGCUUAACGAGCUAUCGGCCAUGGAGAUUUCGACGUCGAGUUCGAGAUCGAUCUGUGCGAGUUUGUCGGGCUUGGAGGAGCUGUACAAGUGUACGGACGAUCUUCUGAACAUGGGUUCGACGCAACGGGUUCUGUCUGAACGUAGGAAGUUUCUCGAAGAACUGCUUGAUGGGUCGCUGAGAUUGAUGGAUAUAUGCAGUGUUUCGAGGGAUCUAAUGGUGGAGACAGGAGAAAACGUUCGAGCUCUUCAGUCUGGUGUGAGAAGAAGGAGAGGAGGAAACGACCACGGCGUCGUUUCGAGUUACGUGGGUUUCAGGAAGAACAUGAGGAAACAGGCUCGGAAGCUUCUUGUCUCACUGAAACAGAUCGAGAACAUAGCUGGGAGGGUGAUCACGGAUGAAGAAGACGACCACCUCGUGGCAGUGGUCCACGUGAUGAGACGCGUCGUCUCGGUCAGUGCCUCGAUCUUGAACUCGUUCUUGGAGUUCUUGUCGGGAAGUAAGAAGAACAAGUGGUCGUUGGUGGUUAUGAAGAUGCUGCAGAAAGAUGGCGAGGAAACCGACAAGAUCAAGAAGAGGGAAGAGAACGAGUUAGAGAGCCUCGACUCAGUGGUCUCACGCGGAGAAUAUUCUCGCGAAGUUCUUGGAAAGAAACUGGAAGAGCUGGAGAUAAGCGUUGGAGGGUUUGAGAAGAAUCUUGAAAAUUUGUUCAGACGAUUGAUCAGAACACGCGCUUCGCUCCUCAACGUAACCUCUCAGUGAUUAGGGAAGACGAAGAAGAGGUUUAUGUAAUUAGUAUAUACAAUUUUGUACACUACAUUAAUUGAUGAUAUAUAUACUAAUAUACAUGUAUAUAUAUAUGUGUAUUCCGUUGACGGUGAAAAAGUA